AUGACUGCAGAUGAUUCCACGUUGUACUUAAUCAUUCAACGAAACACUCAACAUCAGUCUUUCUCUAUUGAAAAAAAACCUAUGGAUCAAGCCGAUGAUUUAAAAGCAUUUGAACGUCGUAUGAUCGAAAUAGUUUCUUCACUGCAACCAUCAAUAUGGCGUUGGCGUGUUAUAUUACUAAUUCUUGUCUUAGUCACUCUUGUAACAUUUUAUGCAUUAAUUACCGAUGAUUCAUCAACAAAAUCAGCAACAGUCAAUACAUCUAGUGAUAAUUCUUUUCUAUCUUUAUUGCAUUCAAAUGUUUUUUGUAAACAAACUUAUUUUUCUGUUUCAUUGGCCUUGCUUGUAUUUGCAUUUUUAUUUGGUAUACAUCGUAAAAUGUUCUCAUCAUCAAUAAUUAUUGCCAGAUUUCGUUACAUACUCGCUGAUUAUAAUAUGUCAUGCGAUUUUGAUGGUCGGCUAAUAUUAAAACCACGGCCAACAUCAUCAUAUCUAGCUGGGUCAUCUUGA